UCUAACGACGUGCCCGUCUGCGCUCGGGACCCGCUCACGGCAACAAGGACAUAAACAUUUCUCUCCGUAGCGGUUUGUUUCUACACCCACCUCCACUGCUCGCUACUACUCAGCAGAAUGAAUGUGGGUGUGGCACACAGCGAGGUGAACCCAAACACCCGGGUCAUGAACAGUCGAGGCAUCUGGCUGACCUACGCGCUCGGUGUUGGGAUCCUUCACAUUGUGCUCUUGAGCAUUCCCUUCUUCAGCGUGCCAGUGGUGUGGACUCUCACUAAUGUUAUACACAACUUUGGAAUGUAUGUCUUUAUGCAUGCGGUGAAAGGCACGCCCUUUGAGACCCCCGACCAAGGAAAAGCCAGACUCCUCACACACUGGGAGCAGCUGGACUACGGCGUGCAGUUCACUUCUUCUAGAAAGUUCUUCACCAUCUCCCCAAUCAUUCUAUACUUCCUGGCGAGCUUCUACACAAAGUAUGACACGACACACUUUGUCAUAAACACUGCCUCGCUUCUAAGCGUUCUCAUCCCCAAGCUGCCACAACUGCACGGAGUGAGAAUCUUCGGCAUCAACAAGUAUUAAAAGGAUCGUGUGAUCGCCGUGAGCCCGCAGCGGCGGAGGUGGAAACGUGUACUAGGUCCAGUACGGUUAGUGUAAAACGUCACUGUCGUCGUUUAUAGGUUUAUCAGGUUUAAGAGGAAAUGUUUCAAGUAAGCAACGAGUAGGUUUGUAGGUGACAGGAUGCCAUAUGCAUUACUAACUUAUGUGAAUAUUUAACGAUGUUUUAUUGUUUUUUGGUCUGCAGACCUGGGCUGGCCCAGGAAUCGAUGAGGCUUUUUUUUUUGUUUCAUUUUUUUCUUCUUUUUCUUCUUUGCCCUCAAGUCACACAGCAACACAGAUUGUGUGCGCGAGUCACAGAGACGUCCCGACGUGUAUUUUUUUGUUUUUUUUCAAAGACGUUUACGUUGUGAGGGUAGGGGGGGGGGGAGGCUUGUGGCUCGUCGUUUAUCGGUACACUCUCGUUUUGUGAUGGGUGUCAAUCGUCUACGCGCUGAGCGGAGAACAGAAUCACACUCUUUUUAUUUGCACGAUUUCCUUGGUAUGUGAAUCUUUAUCUCGUUCGUGACUCAAAGCGGGGGCGGGGCCGUCUCGUGAAUAUUAUGUCCUGUGUGUUUAAAGAAGAAAGUCCAGUGUGUAGAAACGAGACACAUUAUCGUUGUCCGAGUGUUUACCGAGGGAGGUCGACGGCGUCUCUGUGAUCAACGUACAUUUAUGUAGCUGCUCUAUUUUAGAUACCAUCAAGGCAGCUCUUUGGCCAUAGCUCUCUUGAUAUUUCUUGUUCCUAAUUUUAUUAAAACAUUUGUGCCCUC